CUAGAAAAGCCAUUUUUGCUAUCUCAACCAUAUAUUCUCUCUAUCCUUAUCCUCUCAAGUACUCCGUCUCCAAUAGCUAUAGCACUUAGUUAAACCAAAAAAUGGCCAGGAUUGCCUUUGGUCGAUUUGAUGACUCGUUUAGUUUGAGCUCUUUCAGGUCCUAUAUUGCUGAGUUCAUCUCAACCUUGCUCUUUGUUUUUGCUGGUGUUGGUUCGGCUAUAGCAUACAAUAAGUUGACGUCCAAUGCGGCACUUGAUCCAGAGGGGCUAGUAGCCAUUGCUAUCUGCCAUGGCUUUGCUCUAUUUGUUGCAGUCUCAGUUGGUGCCAACAUCUCAGGUGGCCAUGUUAACCCUGCUGUCACCUUUGGAUUGGCACUUGGUGGCCAAAUCACAGUACUUACUGGCAUCUUCUACUGGAUUGCUCAACUUCUUGGCUCCAUUGUAGCAUGUUUCCUUCUCAAGGCAGUCACUGGAGGCUUGGCAAUUCCCAUCCACAGCCUCGCUGCCGGAGUUGGAGCCAUUGAAGGAGUGGUGAUGGAGAUUAUCAUUACCUUUGCUUUGGUUUACACAGUCUAUGCAACAGCAGCUGACCCCAAGAAGGGUUCACUAGGCAUAAUUGCACCCAUUGCCAUUGGUUUCAUUGUUGGUGCAAACAUCUUGGCUGCCGGCCCAUUCUCCGGUGGAUCAAUGAACCCGGCUCGCUCCUUUGGGCCGGCUGUGGCUAGCGGUGACUUCCAUGACAACUGGAUCUACUGGGUUGGACCCCUAAUUGGUGGUGGCUUAGCUGGGCUUGUCUAUGGCAACGUGUUCAUGCAUCAUGAACAUGCACCUCUGUCCAAUGAGUAUUGAUUUGAUUGAAAAAUUGUUGUGUUCUUUUGUCCGUAUGUCCUUGUAAUAAAGGGGAGGAGAAGCAGUUUUUGCUCUUCUUUCCUUUUAUUUUAUCUUUCUUAAUUUAUAUUAGUUUCAUCUUCUAUUAUCCUUGUAAAGCUUUGUUUGAUGCAGUUGUUGAGAUCGUUCGUUGCUUUAUGAAAAUGGAUGAAGUUGGUGGUGUGCAGCCAACCACACAUUGUUUUGUAUGGUUUGGCUUUCUCGUCUUGUGUCUGUUAUGGAGGGGAGGAGGAUGGCCCAUUUUUGCAAUAAUGCAACCGACUCCUUUGGACAUAUGCAAAUUAUGACUACACCUUUUACUUU